AUGGAAGGUGAACCAGUUAAACUUCAAAAUGAGUAUUAUCAACGAGCAACUGGAUUACUUCGACAGGCUCUCGAAUGCGAUGAACAAUCAAAUAAUAAUGAAACAGCGAUUCUACUUUAUAAACAAGGUAUUCGUGAAUUAGAAAAAGCACUAAAUGUUAACAUUGAUCCUAAUAAUAGUCGUGCUGUUGAAUUGCACACAAAAAUGCGUAAAAAUUUAACUAUGGCUCGUGAACGAGUAAACUUAUUACAAAGUUUAUUCCGAAAAGAAAAUGCUAUUCCAACACAAGCUCAACGUCCAUCACCUCGUAAUAUUGCUUCACCACCUCCCCCAGCUUUACCUAAAUCUCGCCAUCGUGCUAUGUCUCCUGCUGCUAUUGCUCCUCCAUCUUCAUCCAAUCGUGUAGCAAUCAGAGCAAACCAAGCACCUAUACAUAUCAUUAAUACAGGAAAGAAAGAACUACCAUCAAAAUCAGAUCACGAUGGUGCAACUGCUCAAGCUAAACGACCUACGCUUAAAUUACCUAAUGUUGAUCCACAACUUAUUUUAUACAUUCUUGAUGAAGUUAUAGAAAACAGUCCUCAUGUUAAAUUUGAUGAUAUUGGCGGUCAAGAAAGCGCCAAACGAGCACUUGAAGAAGCUGUUAUUUUACCUGUUCUUCGACCUGAAAUGUUUACUGGUUUACGAGCUCCUGUACGAGGUAUUCUAUUGUUUGGACCACCUGGUAACGGCAAAACAAUGCUAGCAAAAGCUGUAGCUUCGGAAGCGAAAGCUCGUUUUUUUAAUAUUAGUGCAUCUAGUUUAACAUCAAAAUAUGUUGGUGAAGGCGAAAAACUUGUACGAGCAUUAUUUGCUGCUGCUCGUGAAUUACAGCCAUCAAUAAUCUUUAUUGAUGAAGUUGAUUCAUUACUUAGUGAACGUAAAGAAUCCGAACAUGAUGCAAUGCGACGACUUAAAACAGAAUUUCUUGUUCAAUUUGAUGGUGUUCAAACAAACAGUGAUGAUCGUAUACUUGUUCUUGCGGCAACCAAUCGUCCAUUUGAAUUAGAUGAUGCUGCAUUAAGACGUUUUCCUCGUCGUAUUUAUAUUCAAUUACCUGAUUCAAGAACACGUAAACAUCUUUUAAAACAUUUACUCAAUAAACAAGACCAUAGUUUAACAUCAAGUGAUUUCGAAUGGAUUUCUCAUGAAACACAUAGUUAUUCAGGAAGUGAUUUAACAGCAUUAGCAAAAGAUGCUGCAAUGGGACCAGUACGUGAAUUACGUGUUGAUGAAUUAAAAAAAUUAUCUGUCAGUCGUAUUCGACCAAUAUCAAGACAAGAUUUUGUUCAAUCAUUAAGAAAAAUUCGACCGAGUGUAACACCCUCAACACUUGAUAAAUAUAUUCAAUGGAAUCGAUCAUUUGGUGAUUGUAGUUCAUAA